UGCGAGUCAGCGUGACAACGCGGGAUUUCUCCCACACGCGAAUUUCUGGCAAAGUGUCCUAAAAGACUGAGUGAGUGUUUUUAUAUACCUUGACUGAGUGAAUCCGUAAACACGGUAUCUGAAGCUGUAUUGAUAAGAUUCCGCAACAAUAUCAAUGAAGCAAUGUCAAUUUGUAUGCAAUAUGAAUACUGAUUCCUGAGAGCAAGAGAAGCUGAAGUCACAGAAGGCUAGGCUCGAAGCCGCCGCGUUCAAAUCCAUAUUAAUCUGAAUCAGAAUCGAAAAGUUGUGGCCGGGUCAAGAGAUCGAGCUUGAAAUGGAUCAAAGUGGUGGAGAUGCAACUCCAUUGGCUGGUGUCAAGCAUGUCAUCCUUGUCAUGUCAGGCAAGGGAGGAGUUGGGAAGUCCACAGUGGCCACACAGCUCGCGUUGGGUAUUCGUGCUGCCGGUCACCGAGUUGGUAUCCUGGAUAUAGACCUCUGUGGGCCCAGCAUUCCUAGGAUGCUCGGUCUAGAGGGGAAGGACGUCCACCAGUGUCCACAGGGCUGGGUGCCCGUGUACGCCGACCAGCAGCAGACUCUGGCCGUGAUGUCCAUCGGCUUCCUGCUGACUGACCGAGACGAGGCGGUCGUUUGGCGAGGACCGAAAAAGACUGCCAUGAUCAAGCAGUUUGUGACGGACGUGGCCUGGCAGGACGUCGACUACCUGUUGAUCGACACACCGCCGGGCACCUCGGACGAGCACAUCGCCAUCCUGGAGAGCCUCAGGCAGCUGCGCUGUGACGGCGCUGUGCUGGUCACCACUCCUCAGAACCUGGCCGUGGGCGACGUCCGCCGCCAGGUCACCUUCUGUCGCCGCACCGGCCUCAAGGUGCUCGGUAUCGUGGAGAACAUGAGUGGCUUCGUCUGCCCCAACUGCUCGGUAAGUGUCGGGCUGACUGCCGGCGGCGGUAGCUGCCUGAACAUAUAUAUGUGUUCAC